AUGGCUCUCUUUGUCGGCGAGCGGUUCAUCGAGGUGAUCGCGCUGCACUGCCUCAUCAACGCACUCCUCGCGGGGAUCCCGGGGAAGCAGCUCGCGCUCGCGCUCUCGAUGACGCUCAUCCUUCCGCUGAUGGGGUACCACGCCUUCGUCCACUCCGUCGGCCCGCCGGGGCCGAUGCUGCUGAUCAACCUCGCGAUCUCCGCGCUUACGUGGAUUGAGUACGGCUGGGCCGACCUGACGAAGAAGGCGGAGGCCGAGAUGAAGACGCCGAUGUACAUCCACGGCGUGAUCGUCUCCACCUCCUUCGUGCCGUACUACAUCGCCGAGGCGAUGGGCAUGCCCUUCCCGCUCGUCGGCCUCAAGGAGCUCGACCCGACGACGCCGGACCCGUCGCCGAUGACGCAGUUCACCUACUUCUUCGUCGCGCUUUUCAUGGCGAUGUACUCCUACACCGAGAUCAAGGGCACGAUGGAGGGAAAGGUAUUUGCCGUGUACCACUACGCGCUCUCGUGCAUCAUCGCGAUGUGGCAGUUCUACCCGACGACGACCCUCCUCGGCCGCCUCUUCUUCUCACUCCCGCACGCCUUCACACUUUGGUCGACGUUCAUCGUCCUCAAGGAGCACGAGAAGGUGCUCUGA